GUGCAGAGUCCCCUCCACCACAGCGCUGCGGAAUGGGAAACCCAUACCCAAACCCAAUUUCACCCUCCGAAACCCGAAUCGGAUGGAUCGGAAUCGGCGUAAUGGGUCACGCCAUGGCCUCUCGCCUCCUCUCCGCCGGUUACUCGGUCACCAUCUUUGCUCGCAACCCUUCCCACCCCAAUUCCCUCUAUCUCCAAUCCCAAGGGGCCCAACUCGCCCAUUCCCCGGCCCAACUCGCCCAACUCACCGACGUCCUUUUCACCAUGGUGGGCCACCCCUCCGACGUCCGCUCCGUCCUCCUCGGCCCAACCGGCGUCGUUUCCUCCCUGCGCCCUAAUUCUGUCACUGUCGAUACAACCAGCUCCCACCCCGACCUCGCCCGAGAAAUCUUCGAGGCGGCGCGUGCUCGAGGCGCGUGGUCCGUCGAUGCCCCGGUUUCCGGCGGGGACAUAGGCGCGCGUGACGGGAAGCUGGCGAUCUUCGCCGCCGGGGAAGCUUCGGUGGUGGAGUGGCUGAGGCCAGUGUUUACGGUGCUGGGGAAAGCGACGUACAUGGGUUCUGCGGGGUGCGGGCAAAGCUGCAAGAUCGCUAACCAGAUAACAAUUGGGGCGAAUUUGAUUGGUUUGAGCGAAACGUUAGUGUUCGCAAAGCGUGCGGGGUUGAACGUGGAGCAGUUGGUGGAGGCAAUGAAAAACGGUUCUGCGGGUUGCAAGGCUUUGGAAUUGUUCGGGGAGAGGAUGAUAAAGAGGGAUUUUCGACCCGGUGGGUUCGCAGAGUAUCAAGUGAAGGAUUUGGGAAUGGGGGUUGAUGUUGUGGAUAAUGAUAAAGUUGUUGUUUUGCCUGGUGCUUCCUUGUCCAAGCAAUUGUUUUCGAGUAUGGUGGCGAAUGGGCAAGGCAAGCUUGGAACACAUGGUGUUAUCUCUGUUAUUGAGAGGAUCAAUGGGAAUGAAUGAAUGAGUGAGUGAUAUUUGGAGGUUCCAAUUUCGUAGUGGUAAUAAAUCAAUGCCCAUGUUAGAUUUUAUUUUGACGUGGCAUUAAAAUUAAAAUUGUCAAGGUAGGAGGUAGUGUGAGUGUGGUUUGUAAUUGAUUUUUAUUUUAAUGGCUGUGCUGUUUGGUGUUGUCUACAUUUGCUUCUUUUUGUUUCGGAAUUGCAUGAGUUGCAACGUGCGUUUGCAUUAGAUAAUAACAAAGAUAAUCCCCAUUCACGACCCUCCAUU